CUGCAACCAGAGGAACCGAUGACUGACUCGAUGUCACCUCAGAGGAGCAGAGGAGGAACCUCCAAACCCCGUGGACGUGGUUUAGCCUACUCUCCGCUCUGUGCGCUGGAAGUUGCACUAGACUAAUUGGACACUUUUAGCAAUUAGGGAAUUCUUAUCAUCGGUUUGAUUUUUGUGUGCGUCCCGCAUAUGCGUGAAAUGAACAGACCAAUGUUAGAAAGCGGACAUCGGGGAUUAUUACAAUUAGGGGAGCAAGCGACUCAACGCGGAGGAGGUGCACGGACAACACGCACGUGCGCUGCUUUGGUUUUCUAUGUGGCUCUCUGCGCACUGAUAUGGUUUGAACGCUCCUCUUCCAUCUGAGGAUACAGGCUGAGGGAUUCUGCACAUUGUAGCAUUUUGGGGGAAGGAUUGUGGUAAAGAUGCAGCGGAGGGCAGUGUCGCAUCUGUGGCUGCUGAUCCUCACCGUGCUGUGGGUGUCUGUCCGCGGCUUUCCCACGCACUUCAAGAAGACUUCAGCCAGAGGCAGAAACACCACAGCGUCUGUUCCUGAGGUGAUAGCAGAGCCUAGUCAAGGUGACGGCCAACAGACUCUCCAGGAGCUCCAGCAGGAGAACCUGCUGCAGACUAUUCCCUCUGGUCCGUCUCUCCCCAGGCCCAGACAUCGCUGGUCCCAGGACUCUCACCCAGGUGUCCUCCCACCACCCGAACCUGAGGAGCACAAUGAUCUUUUCGUCCUGGACCUGAGGAACUUCCCAGAGCUGGCCAAUGCAGAUAUGGGCUCACAGAACCCCAACAUCCAGGUGACCAUCGAGGUGGUAGACGACAAACAGACGGAGACGGAAGUGGAGAUGGACCUGGCCAAGGAGGGCCAGCGGAACGACUGGUCGGUGUCGUCCUCAGAAUGGGCCAAUAGCCACAAGAAGCUGUUCUGGCCACUGUUCUGGGAGUACCCAGAGCAGGCGGAGAACGGGCUGGAGAGAGCCAGUUCGGAGGAACAAUCGGAGGACUACACCUACGACCCAGAGGAGCCCGUUCUGAGUGGAGUCGGGGCAGACUGGGGUGGUCACUGGAACAAAGACUGGGAUGCAAAGGAUAACUAUGAGUACGAGGAGGAGUGGAGCGACUGGGCUCCCUGCAGCGUCACCUGUGGACACGGCACCCAGAAACGCACCCGUUCAUGUGGCUACGCGUGCACGGCGACUGAGUCACGCACGUGCGACCUGGAAAACUGUGCCGACGCUGCCAUUUCAGUGACUGAACUGACACCCAUCCAGACGACCAACAGCACAGACUCCCUGGACACAAAUGUAGACAGCUGUGAAGAGUGGCUAAGCUGCAAGAAUGACUUCCUCCAGAAGUAUCUGCACCAAGUGCUCACAGAGCUCCCCAGCUGCCCAUGUUCCUACCCCUCCGAGGCUGUUUACAGUGCUGUCAACAUCCAGGACGGAAAACUGCGCAAGACCUAUCGCUGGAGGGACGCGAGCGGAUCCAAAGAACGCUUGGACAUCUACAAACCUUCAGCCCGAUUCUGCAUCCGCUCAAUGCUGUCGUAUGAAAGCACAACGUUAGCGGCGCAGCACUGCUGCUACGACGAUCAGAUGAGACUGAUUACGCGAGGGAAAGGAGCAGGAGCGCCAAAUUUAAUCAGUACAGAGUUCUCACCAGAGCUGCAUUACAAGGUGGAUGUAUUGCCCUGGAUUCUGUGCAAGGGGGACUGGAGUAGGUUUCACUCAGUAAGGCCACCCAAUAAUGGGCUGGACUGUUCAGAUAACCCCUCUGAACAAGUGUUUCAGAUGGACCUUAAGGAGGCCAGGGAGUACUGACAGUGUCACAACAAGAAGGGAGGACAACAUGGACACGAUGAUGGUAGCUGUUUGUUCAAAUCCUCAUUUCUCUUGUCUAUUUUCUCCAUUCUGCACAAGCACAGGAAAACUGAACUGCUACAUGUAUACAGCAUUUCUGUGGUGCCAGCUGAAGUACUUUGGUGCAGUUGCAAGCUUUGUUGUUGCAAUCUCAUGGCCUCCAGCAUCAAUUGACACUUUGGUCCCUUUGGCUUUACAAUUUCAAAAUAUAUGAAAACAUGAAUGGAAGGCACAACCAGUAGUGGUGAAGCUUUUUUAUAGUCUUAAUCUGACUGUUUGUUCACAGCAACAAAAAUGAAAUAACACUGAUGUUGGAACCAUUGGACGGACAAUGAAAAUCAGUGCUAAAGUGUUUUCAAGCAUGUUCUAUUAGGAACCUUCUCAGCCAGUCCCUGUUCCUGUAUGUUGCUGCUACUCUGUUGGGAUGAGCUGAGGUGAAUGUCUCUGAUGGCAGUGGCGUGUGUGUGUGUGUGUGUGUGUGUGUGUGUGUGUGUGUGUGUGUGUGUGCGCGUGCGUGUGUGUGUGUGUACAGAGGAUGAGCUUAUUUAUUGCCACCUGAACUAUUUUACCCAGAUCUAGUUUUCCAGGAAAAGGAUUCCUGAUUCACUGGUAAGCAGGAAAUAAAGUCAAAUGGACCUUUGUACUAUACAUGCUUUAUUUCCUAAUCUUUACAAACAAUAUGACAUAAUUAUUGCCAGAGUAUUUCUGGGGGUUUCUUCCUGUCCAUCUUCAAUGUCAUGUUUUUUUUUUUUUUACACAAUUCAUGCUCCCACAGCAGGAAAAUAUACGUAUGUUCCAUGAAAUGCAGAGGAAAAAUUGCAGAUGUGAGUAGCACCAUUCUGACUCAACGAUACAAUUAUCUAAGAAUUCUGAGAAAGUGUUUCUGUUUUUCUGAAUUAAAGACAUACCUCAAAGUCCUGUGGAAUAUCUCACCUGCAUAGAGUUCGGUUGCUGCAGGAUUUGGAGUAUCUCAUUCCGAAAACGGAGCAGAAUUUCUUUUCACGUGACAAUAAUUAAGAUAAGAUAAUUAACAGGCAAAUAUUGUUUUUCUUUGGUGAAAGAUUUAACAUUCCUACAGCAUACAUACUAAGCUGAGGACAUCUGAACGUAGACUUACAAAUGUCAAAAGGGGAUUUUGUUCACAUACUGUUUUUAAAUCAUAUUCAAGUUUGUCAUCCACACUGACAUGCCAAAACAAAUAAAAUAUGUUUACAUCUCUUUA